CUUCCGAAGCUGUCGAAACCGGAAAAAGGAAGCCGAACAGAAAAAGAGCGCCUGGAUUGAAUCUGGAGACGUUAACGCAAGGAUAACCGUCGUCGCUGUGACCAUGAGCUUCUGUCCAUGUCCACCUGACGCCCUCACAGGCAACAGCAUCCAGCACCAGAGGGACCGCUGGGAGAGAAAACGGAGCGUGGUAGCCAGAGAGCUGGUGCAAACUGAACAGCGUUACUGCCAACAGCUGGAGCUAGUGACCACUUAUUUUGUGGAGAUCUUGAAGGCCAAAGGAACCCUGAGGCAGGACAUUAGAGAAAGUAUCUUCAGUUCAAUUAAAGCCAUUCACUCAGUAAACCAAUCUUUGCUGGUCCACAUGGAAAAUGGCUACUUCGGACAAGGCUUUGACCAGUUUUGUCCUCAACUUCACCACUACAACGUCUUUGUGGACAACUUUUACAAUGCCGUAAAAGUGCUUGAGCUCCAACUGAAGAAAAAUAAGGCCUUCAGACGCUUUAAGAAACUUCAGGAAGCCCGGCCGGAGUUCAACAGCCAAAAGUUAGAGGUCCUGCUUCACCUUCCCAUCGAGCGGACUGAUCAGUAUAGGCGUUUACUGCAAGAGAUGACUGCCAAUACAAAUCCAGAUAACCCAGAGUUCCAACAGCUUUCACGGGCGGUGGCUGCAGUGGAACUGCUGCACCAGCGCAUCCAGAACAACACUCGGUGCCAUGAGAACCACCUGCAGCUUUGCCGGGUGCAGAAACUGCUGAAGGGGCGAAAGACGAAGGUGUUGGCUGCAGGGAGGUGGUACAUCCGUGAAGGCUGGCUGAAGGUGGUUCCUUCCAAAGGCGCAGAUGUCAAACCCAAGAUGUUUUUCCUGUUUUCUGACAUGCUCCUGCAGGCCAAGCGAUGCAGCACCCUUGACCCUACCAACAGUGACAAGUUUACAGGCCAGCAUGCCUACCCGCUACAAGAGUGCUCAGUAGAAAAGGUGUUCGGCCACACCAAGAGUAAAGGGGGCCUUCUCAGCCUGACUUUCUCCAGAGCCAAACUCCUGCUUAUGUCAAGCAACCAGGAAGAUCUUAAUGAUUGGUACCAAAGUCUGUGCUCCACUAUUAGGAAGCUGGAGCCAAAGCCAAUAGUUGCCCACCAAAGAGCGGAGUCCAUCCAGGAACCAUUUCCUACUGCUGCUGAGAACCACAAUGCACUAAAAAACAGCAACAAUCCCAAUAGGAAGAGGAACAUGGUGAGCAAUGAGCCUGGUGAGAUAGUUGUGAGACCUGCUGCUGAUUGGGAGGGCAGCGCCCCCAAAAGGAUGAAGCAAGCUCUUUCAGAUCAGAGUGCAGAGUCGUCUACAUCAAGCUGUGUUAUCCUCUGAAGUUACUUCAGUCACAACGGAAUUGCACCAGUGGAUCCUGCCAUGACGGUCUGAGAGUUUCACUUCAGACUUUUGACACUCAAGUUAGGACUUCUACUUUUUAUUCUUUUACCCUGCACCAAAUAUUUAGAUUCUAUUUCUACUGUGCAAUAUUAUUUAGCUUUAAAAACCUUGCUUAAAUACCAAAUAUAUAAAUGUUUUAAUUUGCUCUUAUAGCCUGGAUUGUAAUCCGCUCUGCCCCAAUGUGAAGUUAACUUAUUUUAAAGGGAAGCAAUCUGUCCGUUGAGGUGUUAUGUUACAAUCCAACAUGCACAACAUGUUGUCAAUACUAUAUGUUACUCAUCACUUCCUACUUGCUUACACUCCUCAUUGCUGAAACUGCCUACUUUAUCCUUGUUUGAUUAUAAUUAGAGUAUUUCUCACUACUACUAAUAUACUAAUACACACAUUACUAAUAUGUGUAAUAUGAUGUAUCACAAAUCAAAUGGGUGCAAUUCAUGCAAUUGCAGUUUGUGUUUAUGCAAAAGUGGGCAACUAGGCUUGGAAACCUGGUUCACACAAUUAAAAAAAACACAUACUGCUAUAUUGUAUCCAUUAUCAACAUGUGAGCUCAUUUUUAAUAUUAGUGCAUAUUAUUAUAAUAAAAUCACAUAUUGAUGUUAUUAGGGAGCUUUUAGUUUGGCAAUUGAUUUUAUUAUAUGUUUUUUGUUGUGGUAUGAUUGCUAAGAUGUGAUAUCACAAAUCACAUCUGGAAAUGAGAAACAAUAAACUAAAAAAAUA